AUGGCUACCACAAGCACCAUCCACAUGAUGAAUCAUUCGCUCUCUCAUCAUCAAACUCAACAUUUAAAUUCAUCUCCCAAUAAGUUGAUACACUUGACCGAUGAAUCAUCCUCAUCCUCAUUGAACCAUAACAAGAACAACAACAACACUAAUUUGGAUCAUCACUCAAGCACUUCGUCUUUGGCGCAUCUCCUCCAUUCAUCACCACCACCACCUCACGAAAACAGCAAUCAAUGUUCAAAGGACAACUGCGAAUCCCACCACAAGGCUUCUAUUAGAAGUAACUCGAUCAACUCUUCCAAUCUUCAUCAACAACAGGACAUGAUUACCAAUAGUAACCACAACAACAAGAACAACGUUUCAUCCUCACAACAACAACAACAACAACCUCAGAAUCAUCAACACCCUAACGAAAACAGCACUACCACUUCAGCCCCAACUGGUCUUCUUCCUUCAAAGAGUACAAGUCGGUGGACCAAACUGAAACAAGCCUUCAAAAGGGAACAUCAAGGAUCUGCUGCUGGAGCUCACAAUGAUAAGAAAUCAACAACACUAACGACAAGUUCAACAACAACAACAACAACAACCAAUAGUGUGAAUCCAUCCUCCUCUCAAUCUCAUACUCUUCUCAACUCUUCAAACAAACAACAACAACACAAUGGUUGGACAGGAAUGUCUGCGGAUCCUUCCAGUCAGUCCGAUCCAUCCUUUAAUAUUACUUCCUCACAACAACAGAAUCUCUCCAUUCAUCAAAAGAAUGUACAUCUUUCAUCCUCUUCAUCCAAUGGUGUUGGAUCAUUAAAACCAACAACUCAUGCGGAUCAUUCGAGUGAUGACAGCCAACAACAAAACAUCAUCUCGGACGAUCCAACCAUGAUGUCCUUUGAAACCUUUCUCUCUGUCAAUACAUUAAGUGCAUCACCAAAAUCAACUGGACAAUCUUCUUAUCAUACUUCCCCUUCUUCGUCCAUCAUGAAUCAUUCCUAUCAAACAAGAAUGACUUCACCAACAACGGCACAUUUGAAAGUUUCUAAUGCUUACUUGUUUAAUGAGGAUGAUAGAAAUUGUGUCACAAGUCCUUCUGGGCUCUCUGUUUCUUCAAUGAAUAGUGAGCCACCUCCUGUAGCAUCUUUUGUCAUUCAAUCACAAUCUUCACCAAGUUUAACCAACAAUUUAACAAAGAAAAAGAAAACAUUUACUCCAACAAAUGACAUGAAUGAAGAAAUGGUGGAUCCAUUACCAGCCAGUAAGAAAGCAAAAGGAAAUAUUAAGAGACUAAUUGCAAUGCUAACUCCUAGGAGAAGAAGAAACUCAAAACAUGAAGAUCCAAAAUUAGACAAUGGAAAGUCAAAACUUUCAAUCAAAUCUUCCAAUGUUGAUAACAUUAAUGAUCCAGCUCUUUUAGAUGUUGCUCACAAGAGGCAACUAUUUGAGAAAAAAACUGCAGAAAUAGGAUCUAAACCUGUAAAUAGUGAUGAACAUUUGAAAUUUUUGCAAAAAGAAAGAAUUGUGACAGCACAAAUUCAACAUUUCAAACAAAGUCAAGAAGAACAUGUCGAGUUGCAACUCAUUCAAAAACGAAAAUACAGUGUUUCUGGAAAAUUAGCGACUUGGUUAAGGGCAGGAAGAGAUAACAGUGACAAACCAAAAUCUCAGUCGUUUGGUGAUGACAAAAAGGAGAAAAGGAAAUCACUUUCUGAAGUUCUGAAAAGUUAUAAUUUUUCGAGCAGCAAUGGUUCAGAUAAUUCUGACAGGGUGACUACACUUUCGAAAAUUCACAGAUUGGUGGCAUCCAAUAACAACCAUCAUAAUAACACUAAGAGCAAUACAGAUCCCACUCAUACUGUAAAAUCAAGUGAUAUUACAUCCGAUGAUAGCCUUACGGAUGUUCCAAUGACAAUUGAUCCACCAAAGUCUUCACCUCGAUCUAAUGUUCCACUUUUGGCUUUGCAAUCUGAAGAGUUUAGAAAGACAACCGAACAGAUUGCUCUCGAAUUGGAUGAAAUUGGAGAUGAAUUAUCACGCGAGAGCGAUAUCAUUGAAGAACCAGAAAAACCAAGCAACCAAAAUGCUUCAACAUCUCCACCUUCUUUGAAUGUGACACUCCCAGAACAUUUUCCAAAAAGUGUUUCAAGUCCAAUCCUUGACAUUGAUCAGGAGGACUACAAUGUCAUGUCUCCUGUUCGUCUUCCAAGUACAAUCAAUGAGAAUGAACCUUCAAUGCGACGUUCUACCCUCUCCAUAGUUCCUGAUUUUUCAUUGCUAAAACCAAACCAAGUGUAUUACUACAUCUUGGAUAAUUAUGUGAAUAAUUCAGAUUUUGAUGAUCACACGUGUGCCGAGAAAGUUGAAGAGUUUUUAAAUGCAUACAUUGAAUAUUUUCAAAAUGUUGAACAUUCCCAGAGCGACGAUAAUAGUGGUCUCUCUCCUUCUACAUUCACUGAGGCAGAUGUUCGAAACUUGAGAGACAAGGAACGACCAAAAUGUUACUUGAUGCAUCAAGCAGCAAAGAAAAAUAGAUAUUCUUUGAUUUAUUUACUUUCUACCAAGUACAAUUGUGAUGUAGAAGCUCAAGACGAUUUAGAAUCAUCUCCACUGCAUUGGGCAUGUUCACAUAGAGCUAUCGAUUCCAUCAUGGUUUUAUGUCAACUCAAAGCAAAAGUUAACAUUAGAGACAAGUAUGGAAAAGCUCCUCUUCACUUGUUGUUAACGAAGGCCAUUGCAGAUGAGGCUAAUUGCAAUUUAUCAAGUGCUAAACAAUGCUUUAAAGGAGCACAAAUUUUAUGUAACAUGUUUGAUGGAGAUUACAAUUUCAAGACCUCUGAUGGUUCAACAAUUUUACAUAUUGCAUGUGAAUUGGGAAGAAUGGAAGUGGUUAAAUUUUUAGUGGGAGAAUCGAACGAUGUGAUGCAAGGAACAGGAACACAAGGUUCGAAUCGAGUUUUGCUGAAUUCCAAAGAUAAGAUUGGAAAGACGCCUCUAAUGAGAGCUGCAACCAGAGGCCAUCUCGACAUUGUAGAAUAUAUUAUUGUUAAUUCCAAGCCUAGUGUUGUUUUCGGACCCAUGUCAAGAGAUGACAAGAAACAAAAUAUUCUUCAUCAAGCGGCUCUUCAAGGUCUUGACGCUCUCGUUAACAGAAUUGCAUUUCAUAAUCCAAAUGCAUGUGCAAACAUGAUGCAAGAACAAGAUAUAUCUGGCAAUUCACCUCUUCAUUUAGCUGUUAGUAAGGGAAACGUCAAAACAGUGAAUUUAUUUUUGACACUACUCAACAAGGAUGUUGUCAACGUGACAAACGAGAAGGGAGAAACGCCUCUACAUUUGGCAUGCAAAGUGAAAGACAAGAAGGCAGCAGAAAAGAUUUGUAGAUAUUUACUUCAAAAUGGUGCAAAUCCAGAUGUUAAAGACAACAAACAACAAACUCCAAGACAGUUAGCAUUGGAAAAUGAGUUGCAAGUUGAAUUUGCGGGUAGCAAGAAUAAAAAGAAGUAG